AUGAAGCUACUGCUCUUGUGUCUGCUCUUUGGUGUCGCUGUGGCCCAAACCACAUAUGAGCCAAUCGGGGAUGAACAGGUCAACGGACCCGACGAUACAGACAUAGCUGCGACUGAUGAAGCUGAAACGAGUCCAGAACGGGCCAAAAGAUCCUGCUGCAAUCCUGGAAGUUGGUGCACCGGCACCCGCGGAUCGAGCCAAUACGUCUAUAUUCCAACUGCCAGGAAUUGGGCUCAUGCUCAGGUCCACUGUGUUGCGCUGGGUGGAAGUCUUGCAGUGGUUCACGACAGUGCGACAGACGAAUUUUUGAAGCGUCUGGCCCAAGGAAGGCGAGCCUGGAUUGGACUCUCUGAUGCACAAUACAACAAUGUUUGGCUCUGGAGUAACAGCGAUCCUCUGCGCUUUACCAAAUUCUGCAGAGGAGAACCCAACAAUAAAGGUGGAAAUGAGGGGUGCACCGAGAUCAACUUUUCUAGCGCCAAGUGCUGGAAUGACGAGAAAUGUGAAAACCGUCGCCCGUUCAUCUGCCAGAAAAAGUAG